AAAAUAGAGCACGCCGCGGAGUCGAGGGCUACGAUUUUGACAAACAAAUGGAUGGUGUAUUUUUUAAAUAAAGCAGUUGAUUGAUUCAAUAUAAACCAAAAGAAUGAGUGAAGACAAUCUUUACUCUCAGCAACACAUGAUGUCCCCGAUGUCCAGUCGAGGAAAAGUCAUGCAAGGACCACAUGGACAAAACAUGCACCCAGGAAUGGGUGCACCUGGUCAACAAGGGAUGCCAAUGUCUAACCAGGGACCUGGUAUGCCAGGAAUGUCACCAGGACAUCAGAUUAUUCAAGGAGGUCCAGGACAGAAUAUGGGCCCAGGGGCAUCUAAUCCUGUAAUGGCCCAGAAUAUGCCCAUAGGUGGACACAGUCAGAAUGCAAUGGGAGGUGGAAUGGGUGGCCUUGGACCUCAGGGCAUGCAGAUUAACUCAUCCAUGUCACCAUCAACUAUUGGUGGUAUGCCCAACUCAAUGCCUGGAAUGCCUAUGCAAGGGAUGCCAGACAAUUCUAUGUCAAACAACUCUAUGGGUAACAUGCAGUCUGGCAGUGGGGGUAUGCAGAUGCAAGGACAUGCCCAGCAGCAAGCAAAUAUCGGACCUGGUCAAAUACAAAAUCAUGGAAUGGAUAGGUCAGUACAAGGAAUGCCUCCUGCAAUGCCCGGUGGAAGUCCUAGUCCUAACCUCUCGGGUUCACAGAUGGCUGGGGGUGCUAUGGGACCACCUAAUCAAAGUGUUGAUCCAAGUACUAGUCAGAACCAACCACCAGGUAUGCAAGGAGGACCUCAAGGACCACCUAGGCAAACAUUCAAUCAAGCACAGCUUCACCAGCUUAGAGCACAGAUUAAAGCAUACAAACUUCUCUCCUGUAAUGCUCCUAUACCAGAUGCACUAAGAAUGGCUUUGGAAGGUAAAAGACCAAUGGGGCCUUACCCUCCAAGACCUGGUGAUCCUCAUCAGAUGCAAAAAAUCAGAAUGAUGCAACAAGGUGGGCAUCCUCAGCAGUCACCUCAGCCACAACAUCUUCAGCCACAAAUGGGUCCAAUUAGAGGCCACAGUGGGGGAAUGCCAGGUCAGCCCCCUUCUCAAAUUGAUCCUUCACAGCCUCGGAUGAAUGGUCCUCCACUUCAGCAGCAAAUGCAGCCUCAACAACAAAUGGGGGUUCCUGGACAACAGACACCACAGCAACAGUCUCAAGCUCUUUCUAUGGGAAAACAGAAUAGAAUUGCACCAGUUUCAAAACCUCAAGGCUUGGAUCCACUGGAAUUAUUAAAAGAAAGAGAAAACAGAGUUGCUGCACGGAUUGCACAUCGCAUACAAGAGUUAUCUAAAAUGCCAACUACAAUGCCCGAAGAUAUGAAAAUCAAAGGAAUGAUAGAGCUGAGAGCAUUGCGACUUCUAAACUUCCAACGAUCUCUUAGAGCAGAGGUUAUUGCUACAAUGCGAAAGGAUACAACUUUGGAAACUGCUCUAAAUCCUAAAGCUUAUAAACGCAGCAAGCGACAGUCUUUGCGUGAAGCUAGAGUCACUGAAAAAUUAGAGAAACAACAGAAGAUGGAACAGGAUAGAAAGAAAAGGCAAAAGCAUCAGGAAUACUUGAAUGCAGUUCUUCAGCAUGCCAAAGACUUUAAAGAUUUCCACCGUAAUGUUGUUGCUAAAAUUGGUAAACUGAAUAGGGCUGUUAUAACAUUUCAUACCAACACUGAAAGAGAACAGAAAAAAGAGCAGGAGAGAAUUGAAAAAGAACGUAUGCGAAGACUUAUGGCUGAAGAUGAGGAAGGCUACAGAAAACUUAUUGAUCAGAAAAAAGACAAGCGUUUGGCAUACCUGUUGUCACAGACUGAUGAGUAUGUUAACAGUCUUGCCACACUUGUCAAGGAGCAUAAAGAAGAACAAAGGAAGAAGAAACAGAAGAAAAAGAAGAAGAAGAGUUCUGAGGAUGAAACAAAUCAAGGAGACAAAAGGGUUAAGGUUAUGGAUCCAGAAACAGGAACUGUACUCUCUGGUGAACAAGCUCCUUUAGCCAGCCAGUUAGAGGCUUGGCUGGAAAUGAAUCCAAACUUCCAAGUGGCUCCUAAAGAAGAUGAGGAAGAAGAGGAGGAUGAUGAUGAUGAAAGUGGUGAUGAGGAGGAAGAACCUGAACCAGAAAUCCAGCCUCAAGAAGAAAAUCAAAGCCAUGCUGAUGAUGAUGGUGAGCAGAACUACUACACUCUUGCCCAUACUAUUAAAGAGAAGAUCUCAGAACAGGCUAGCAUUUUAGUCAAUGGAAAACUUAAAGAAUAUCAGCUGAAAGGUUUGGAGUGGCUUGUCUCACUGUACAACAACAAUCUUAAUGGAAUUCUAGCUGACGAGAUGGGUCUCGGAAAAACAAUCCAGACCAUUGCUCUCAUUACUUACUUGAUGGAACGAAAACAUGUCAAUGGACCAUUCUUAAUUAUUGUUCCCCUUUCAACUCUCUCGAACUGGAUGUUAGAGUUUGAUAAAUGGGCUCCCUCAGUUGUCAAAAUUCCUUACAAGGGAUCGCCCAAUGUCAGACGUACACUGGCACCACAGCUGAAAUCAACCAAGUUUAAUGUCCUCCUUACAACUUAUGAGUACAUUAUCAAAGACAAAGCCACUCUCUCUAAGAUUCGAUGGAAAUAUAUGAUCAUUGACGAAGGUCAUCGUAUGAAGAAUCAUCAUUGUAAACUGACAGUUAUACUCAAUUCUUAUUAUAAUGCCCCAAACAGAUUGCUUCUCACUGGUACUCCUUUGCAGAAUAAACUCCCUGAGCUGUGGGCUUUACUUAAUUUCUUGCUUCCUUCAAUUUUCAAAGCAUGUGCUACAUUUGAGCAGUGGUUUAAUGCUCCUUUUGCCAUGACAGGAGAAAAGGUGGAACUGAACCAAGAAGAAACACUUUUGAUUAUUAGGCGUCUACAUAAAGUUCUGCGUCCAUUCUUACUUCGUCGUUUGAAAAAAGAGGUGGAAUCUCAACUCCCUGAAAAGGUUGAAUAUGUGAUCAAAUGUGACAUGUCUGCACUUCAAAGGCUUAUUUAUAAUCACAUGCAAACCAGAGGUGUUUUACUGACAGAUGGCUCUGAAAAAGAUAAAAAGGGUAAAGCUGGAACUAAGACCUUGAUGAACACUAUCAUGCAACUAAGGAAGAUUUGUAACCAUCCGUUCAUGUUCCAACAUAUUGAGGAAGCCAUAGCAGAUCACAUUGGUAUUCAUGGUAGCAUUAGUGGACCCGAACUGUACAGAUCAUCUGGCAAAUUUGAACUUCUUGAUAGAAUUUUGCCUAAGCUGAAGCAAACAGAUCACAAAGUUUUGCUUUUUUGUCAGAUGACAUCAUUAAUGAGCAUCAUGGAAGAUUACUUUGUUUAUAGAGGAUUUCGUUAUUUGAGGCUUGAUGGUACCACAAAAUCUGAAGACAGGGGUCAGUUGUUGACCAUGUUCAAUGCUAAAGACUCCCCUUAUUUUAUUUUCCUGCUUAGUACUAGGGCUGGUGGAUUGGGUCUGAAUCUUCAGACCGCUGAUACAGUUGUUAUCUUUGAUUCUGAUUGGAACCCUCAUCAGGAUUUACAAGCCCAAGACAGAGCCCAUCGUAUUGGACAAAAAAAUGAGGUUCGUGUCUUGCGUCUGAUGACUGUCAACUCUGUCGAGGAGCGCAUUCAAGCAGCUGCCAGGUACAAACUCAAUGUGGAUUCUAAAGUUAUCCAAGCUGGUAUGUUUGACAACAAAUCAACUACAACAGAAAGAAAGCAGUUUCUGCAAGCUCUCCUAACACAAGAAGCAGAUGAAGAUGAGCAUCUAUUUGAAGCCAGUGAAAAAACCCCUGGCUCAGGAGCCAUCUUUCCUACUCGACUCAGCUUGGCUCCAUCUCCGACUCAAGCUAAUCAAGAAGAAGAUGAAUUUCCUGAUGAUGAAACAAUUAACCAGAUGAUUGCAAGAACAGAAGAUGAAUUUGAACUCUAUCAGCGGAUGGACAUUGAAAGAAGACGAGCAGAAGCAAGGGAGGGCAAUCGCAAACCACGUUUGAUGGAAGAGAGUGAACUGCCCAUGUGGAUUGUGAAAGAUGAUAAAGAAGUUGAAAGAUUGACAAUGGAAGAUGAAGAUGAAAAAUUAUUUGGUAGAGGAAAUCGAGCAAGGAAAGAAGUAGAUUACUCAGACUCACUCACAGAAAAGCAAUGGCUACGGGCUAUUGAAGAUGGAAAUCUUGAUGAAGUUGUUGAAGAGGUUACCAAGAAGCCCAAAAAGCCAAAGAAGCGCAAAUCUGAUGGAGCUACACCAGGCAGUAGCAAGAGGAAACAACACAGUUCAUUAGAUGAUGAACCCAAAGAGAAAAAGAGAAGGGGUCGGCCACCUCUUGAGAAACAGCAGCCAAAUCCUCCUAAUCUAACUCGCAUAAUGAGAAAGCUGUAUAAUAUUGUUGUCAAUUAUAAAGACAGUGAUGGUCGGGUACUGAGUAGUAUGUUCAUGCAUCUACCAUCCAAAAAGCUCAUGCCGGAAUACUACGAAAUCAUUCAGAAACCAAUAGAUUUCAAGAAAAUUUCUACACGCAUUUCCACACACCGUUAUCGUACUCUGGAUGAGUUGGAGGGUGAUAUAAUGGAGCUGUGCCAGAAUGCUCAAAGUUUUAAUAUGGAAGGAUCUGUUAUAUAUGAGGACUCAAUAGUAUUACAGUCAGUCUGCACUAAUGCUAGAGAAAAACUUGAAAAGGAUUUGGCUAAAGGCAAGCAAGAUGAGUCCUCUACAGAAGAGGAAAACAACAGUGAAGAGGAAGAAAAGGAAGAGGAAAGUGAAGAAGAUGGAGAUGAUGAAGAUAGCCAAGCAACAAGAUCGAGAAAAAAAAGAGAUGGAGGGAAGAAAACUCCAAAAGAGCCUGAAAAGACUCGCAAAAAUGCCAAACGUAGAGCAUCUGUCAAAGUGAGACAUCAAAUCAUCAGUGAUGAUGAAAGUGAAGAAGAGAAGGUCUGAAUGAUACCUACAAAAUUAGGCAUUGUAAAUGUGGAUGAAGAUGAUGACAGAAGACCAUCAUCUAGAUGUUCUUCAAGACUGUCUUCUGCAAGUAGUAGCAAGAAGCAUUAAAUCAAGAAAUGCUGUGUAUAUAGAUUUUUUUCUUUCAUAGACAAUACUGCCAAUAGGGUUUACAAAUGGAUUGGACAUGUAUUGCUAUUUGUUAGAAUUCGUCUGUAUUUGUUGUACAAAUACUGUGCUAUUUUGUAUCAAUGGAUUAUGAUUUCUCUGCUUCCUUUUGGGCAAUUAAAAUUUUAGUACUUCAUUGGUAAUUAGUAUAAAUAUAUAUAUAUUUUUUUCAUGUUAAAAUAAAACAAAAUGAACUC